AUGAAGAAGAGUAGUAAAGGGCGGAUAAAGCUAAAAAUACAAAUAAACGCAGAAGACGAAGAAGAAGAAAAAAAUGAAAGCAUAAUACAUGAGAAUAAAAAUAAAAAAAAGAAAGGAUCUGAUAUUAGUGAUGAUAAUGAUGAGAGUAUAGAAAAAUUAAAAGAUAUGGAUAAUAGCUAUACAUCUGAUAGAAAACAAAAAGAAGAUAAUGAUUUAGAAAAAAAAAUAAUAUCGAUAAUAUCUCAGUUGACAAAAAUAACUUGUAUAUGUGAAGAUAAAAAAAAUAAUAUGAAUAAUUUAGAGAAUGAAAAAAUAUGUAAAAAAUUAAUAAAACAAAUGUAUAAAUAUGAAAAAUAUUUAUUACAAUUUAAUAAUUAUAUUAAUGAUAAUAAAAAUCAUCAUUUAGAUGAUAUAACAUUUCCAAAUGGUUUAAUAAAAGCUGUAGAUAAUUAUAUAAAUCCGAAUGUAUGGAUUUAUAAAUAUUUAUUAUUAGAAACUAAAAAACAAAAUGAUUCUUAUCGUAAUUUCAUACAAAAUAUUUCAACUUUUGAUAGUACUUUAAAACAUAAAAUUUUAAAUGAUGAUGCUAUCGAUCUAGUAAAUCCAGUCUAUCCACCUAUAGACCAAAAUAUUUCGAAUACUCUUAAUAAUACUGAACAAAAAAAUUAUUAUAAAAAUGUGCAUAUACCCAAAGAGUUGUCUCAUUAUUAUUUACAAAGCAGAAACAAAGCAAAAGAGGAUUAA